UCGCAGUAGCGGACUUCAGUAGCUUAGUCGAUAGAAUAAGGAAAUAUCAUUGGUCCCGAUACUGCCGAAUUUGACCGCCCUUCGGGAAGCUCUGAGAAGAAAUCUGCUCUCUUCUACGUCGCCGCAGAAAUUUUAUGGUAUCCAUCCCGCCAAUUUUUUUGCCUCUUCCGUCCCCCUCCAUACAUAAUAAAAACGUCGUCGGGUCACCUGUACAUUAGACCAAAACUCUUCUCCCUCUUCCAUUCCAAUCCUUCCUACCAGUCACUACACAUUUGCGGGUUUCAUUCUUCAGCCUUCAAUAUGUUGGCCGCUCGAUCGUUCUCUAGAGCUCUUCCCCGAGCAACUCCCACAGCUGCGCGAUGGGCUGCGCCUCUACGAAAACCUUUAGGAUCCAGUUUCGCUCGAUAUGAGUCAACUGAGGGAAAGGUCCAAGGUGCCGUCAUCGGUAUCGAUCUUGGUACCACAAACUCGGCUGUCGCAAUUAUGGAAGGAAAGGUACCCAGGAUCAUUGAGAACUCAGAAGGUGCUCGAACAACACCAUCUGUUGUUGCCUUCGCUCAAGAUGGCGAGCGGUUAGUCGGUGUUGCCGCAAAGCGACAGGCUGUCGUCAACCCUGAGAACACUCUCUUUGCCACUAAGCGAUUAAUCGGACGAAAGUUCACCGAUCCCGAGGUCCAAAGGGACAUCAAAGAGGUGCCAUACAAGAUCGUGCAACAUUCUAAUGGUGAUGCUUGGGUAGAGGCUCGAGGACAGAAGUACUCUCCUUCGCAGAUCGGUGGUUUUGUCCUGAACAAGAUGAAGGAGACUGCUGAAGCCUACCUGAGCAAACCAGUUAAGAAUGCCGUCGUCACCGUUCCUGCUUAUUUCAACGACUCUCAGCGUCAAGCCACCAAAGAUGCCGGUCAGAUUUCCGGUCUCAACGUUCUCCGUGUUGUCAACGAACCUACCGCUGCCGCACUAGCCUACGGACUGGAGAAGGAAGCUGACAGAGUUGUCGCCGUCUACGAUCUUGGUGGUGGUACCUUCGAUAUUUCUGUCUUAGAGAUCCAGAACGGUGUCUUCGAGGUUAAGUCGACAAACGGUGACACCCACUUGGGUGGAGAGGAUUUCGAUAUCCGCCUAGUCCGUCACCUCGUUCAGCAAUUCAAGACCGACUCCGGUAUUGACCUGUCUAACGACCGAAUGGCCAUUCAGCGAAUCCGUGAGGCCGCUGAGAAGGCUAAGAUUGAGUUGUCCUCCUCUCUUCAGACCGAUAUCAGCCUUCCCUUCAUCACUGCCGACGCCUCGGGUCCUAAGCACAUUAACACUAAGAUGACUCGAUCGCAGCUUGAGAGCAUGAUGGACCCCUUAAUCACCAAAACCAUCGAGCCUGUCCGCAAAGCCCUUAAGGACGCUAACCUGCAGGCGAAGGAUAUCCAGGAGGUUAUUCUCGUUGGUGGUAUGACUCGUAUGCCCAAGGUUUCCGAGUCUGUCAAGAGCAUCUUCGGCCGUGAACCCGCUAAAUCUGUCAACCCUGACGAAGCUGUUGCCAUUGGUGCUGCUAUCCAGGGCGCUGUUCUCUCUGGUGAGGUUAAGGAUCUACUGCUAUUGGAUGUCACUCCUCUGUCCCUUGGUAUCGAGACUCUCGGUGGUGUGUUCACUCGAUUGAUCAACCGCAACACUACUAUCCCUACCAAGAAGUCUCAGGUCUUCUCUACGGCUGCCGACUUCCAGACCGCCGUCGAGAUCAAGGUAUUCCAGGGUGAGCGUGAAUUAGUCAAGGACAACAAGCUUCUCGGCAACUUCCAGUUGGUCGGUAUCCCGCCCGCACACCGUGGUGUUCCCCAAGUCGAGGUUACUUUUGACAUCGAUGCCGACUCCAUUGUACACGUUCACGCUAAGGACAAGAGCACCAACAAGGACCAGUCCAUCACCAUUGCCUCCGGCUCCGGUCUAUCCGACUCUGAGAUCGAGCGCAUGGUCGAAGACUCCGAGAAGUAUGCCGAGCAGGACAAGGAGCGCAAGGCUGUUAUUGAGACAGCCAACCGUGCCGACAGCGUCUUGAACGAUACCGAGAAGGCUCUUAACGAGUUCGCGGAUAGACUCGACAAGACCGAGGCUGAAGCAAUCAAGGAGAAGAUCACCUCUCUACGCGAGCUAGUCAGCAAGAGCCAGUCUGGAGAGGGUAGCGCUACGUCGGAAGACAUCAAGGCUAAGACCGACGAGUUGCAAGUCGCCAGCUUGAACCUCUUCGACAAGAUGCACAAGGCCCGUGCCGAGAGUGGUGAACAAUCCGGCAGCUCCAGCAGCUCGGAGCCUAACUCUUCGGAGUCCAAGCCCGAGGACGAGAAGAAGCCUUGAAUGCGUUAAUUAAGACGAGAAUUUUCUCGAUCCACCCUUAAUUAUCACUCAGAGCCGGGCCUGCACGACCCAGCUCUCCAUACCUGUACAUUACCCUGUACUCAUACUUGCCGCUUCCACGUUGAUUCCCCGACUCGUCUUAACGACAUUCCAACUGAGGCGAUGCUCCAUCACACGAAAUUUGCGGGCGGAUGUGCGGCGUUCUGAGAAUUUGGGGGGUAGGGAAAGCUUUUUAAAGUUAUUACGUUUUUUUUACCAUUAAAAUCUGCAUGCAUUGCUGAAGAAGACGGUUUUUCAUGCGAGAUUUUUUUUAAACCGAUGAUUGAAUGAAAUGGCAUCGGGUGAAGAAGGUUCGCUCUGGUUCGGGGCAUCUAUGUGUGUGUAUGUAUAUAGGACCUUAUGACGAAGGAUAGCAAAAAAUAAUGGAAGACAUCCCCUCUCA